AUGGAUUUAGUUAUAGAUUGGUAUCAAUUGAACAAUGAAUUUGAGCCGGUAGAUAUAUUGGGUACCGGUACAUUUGGACAGGUAGUUAAAGCUAAAUAUUUGCCUGAUAAACAAUUUUAUGCUAUUAAAGCCAUACAUUUAGCUGCUAACCAGGAUCCUAAAUAUCUGAACCGUGAACUAGAGGUCCUGCAUAAAGUUAGCAAUGUGUACCUGGUCAAAUAUCAUUGUGAAUGGUCGGAAAUAUUACCGGAUAAUAGUCGGGUAACAUUCAUACAAAUGGAGUUAUGUUGGUUUACCCUGAAGGACGGAGUGGACAAAAUGCGCCAAUACUUCCGUAGACAACCCGCGGAAAUGUGGCCACCACUGGGCUACUAUAUGGCUGUCCAAUUGUUUCGGGAACUGCUGACGGGUAUUAACUAUUUGCACAGUCGGCAGCCGCCGAUCAUACAUCGAGAUAUUAAGCCGACAAACAUACUGAUCCGCGGUUCGGGCUGUUUGCCCGAUAGGCCGACAUUUAUCAAAAUAGCCGACUUUGGUCUGGCUAUUGAACAUCACUACCGGUCACAGUCGCAUACCAGACAUGUGGGCACCGAUCGAUAUAUGGCACCCGAAGUCAAUCAUGUGACCAAAUAUACUAUUACAGCCGAUAUGUAUAGCAUUGGUGUUACCAGUGAGGAACUGUUCAAUUAUAAUGUUAAUGAUACUAGGUAA